CUUCUAUUCUAUUUCUAAGCCUAGACCUGCUGAUCCCAGGACAAGGACUUGGCAGAAGGUGCAGCUGAGACAUGAGUCUGGUUGGAGGUUUUCCUCACCAUCCGGUGGUGCACCACGAUGGUUACCCGUUCGCAGCCGCUGCAGCCGCCGCCGCCAGCCGCUGCCACGAAGAGAACCCUUAUUUCCACGGCUGGCUCAUCAGCCACCCCGAGAUGUCUCCCCCUGACUACAGCAUGGCACCUUCCUAUAGUCCGGAAUACGCCAAUGGCGCGGCCGGCCUGGACCACUCCCAUUACGGGGGUGUCCCGGGCAGCGGGGCCGGAGGCUUAAUGCAAAGGCCUGUGAAGCGAAGAGGGACUGCUAACCGCAAAGAGAGGCGCAGGACUCAGAGUAUAAACAGCGCCUUCGCUGAACUGCGGGAGUGUAUCCCUAAUGUGCCCGCCGAUACCAAACUGUCCAAGAUCAAAACCCUGCGCCUGGCUACCAGCUACAUCGCCUACCUCAUGGACCUGCUGGACAAGGAUGACCAGAUUGGGGAGACAGAGGCCUUCAAAGCAGAGAUCAAGAAGACAGAUGUGAAGGAGGAGAGGAGGAAGAAAGAGCUGAAUGAACUCUUGAAAAACACAGUUAGCAGUAACGAUAAGAAAACGAAAGGGAGGACUGGCUGGCCCCAGCAUGUAUGGGCUCUGGAACUUAAACAAUGAGCAUCCGAACUGCAGAAGGGAAGACUUAUAUCAAAGAUACUUUCUGAAAAAUAAACUCCUGUUAAUUUAUGUGCAAUCCCCCCUUCCCCCCCAAAAAAAGCACCCACAUUGUGGAUUUCUGCAGAGAAGCAUUCCAUUAUAUGAAGAAGAAUCUACAGGUUGAUAGCAGGGGCCCUGGCUCCUGUGAUUGUUGCAGUAUUUCUCUGUUUUGUACAGAAAACACAACACAGUACGAGGACACCCCGGCUUCCUGGCAUUCGUAUGUAUGUGAAGUGUACUUGAUCUAUGGGAUAUUAAUAUUAUA